AUGGCGCCAAAGAUUACCAAGGCCGAGAAGAAGAUCGCUUACGACUCGAAGCUCUGUCAGUUGCUCGAUGAGUACACGCAGGGGAAUGUUGGGCUGAUCUUCACCAAGGGUGAUCUGAAGGAAGUCAUUGAGGAAGUUGCUAAGUACAAGGUCGGAACACCAGCUCGUGUCGGUUUGGUUGCUUCAAUUGAUGUCGUCGUGCCGCCUGGCAACACCGGUCUCGACCUAUCACAAACUUUCUUUUUCCAAGUCCUCAACAUCCCAACUAAGAUUAACAAGGGUACAGUCGAAAUCAUAACCCCAGUCGAGCUCAUCAAGAAGGGCGAAAAAGUGGGCUCCUCUGAAGCCUGCCCUCCUUGCCACGCUUGGUAUCAGGCCCUUCUCUUACGGGCUUGUUGUCAUCUCUGUUUAUGA